AUGAUGGGUUCUGAGAACAAUAACAUCCAAGAAUCAAGCAGAGAACAAAUGGAAAUCCCAAUUCUCAACGAAGACGAUGGCAGCAACGACGACGUUUCGACCUCCAAAUCAUAUUCCAGUUACCGCAGUGCAAUGACCACACUAUCCUCCUCCUCUGAGCACCCUCUGUUGACGCCGCCGCCGCCGUCCAUUGCCACCACCCCCGCCGUGUCCGAUCCGCUGUUAUUUCCCUCUCACGAUCCGUUCCCGGAAUCCCCCUCCUAUGCUGAUGUCUUUAUCAGCCCCCUUGAGGAUAGUCCCAUUGUCUCCUCCGACGGAGACGGUGGGAGCGAUGAUGUACACGGCAAAUUAAGGGUGUCGCCGAGGUCCCAGCUAGAAGGCUCGGAGUAUUUGAGAAUUACGGUUUCUGAUCCAAAAAAAGAGGUUGAAUCUUCUAACUCUAUUGUUCCGGGUGGCAACAGUUACGUUACUUAUUUGAUCACCGCGAAUACGAAUAUUCAGGAGUAUGGAGGGUCGGAUUUUAGAGUUCGGCGGCGGUUUAGGGAUGUCAUUACGCUUGCAGAUCGCUUGAGUGAAGGCUAUAGAGGGUAUUUUGUUCCUAUACGGCCUGAUAAAAGUGUAAUGGAGAGUCAGGUGAUGCAAAAGCAGGAGUUUGUCGAGCAGAGGAGAGUUGCGUUGGAGAAGUACUUGAGGAGGCUUGCGAUGCACCCUGUGAUUAAGAAAAGCAACGAGUUAAAGGAGUUUCUAACGGUGGAGGGGAGAAUGCCUCUGUCAGCUAGAACUGACGUGGCAUCGAAGGUGCUUGACGGGGUGGUGGGGCUGCCAAAACAGUUGCUGGGGGAGUCGAGGAGUGGAGUUGGGUCGCAGGAUGCGGUGGAGCCAGCCAAGGGCAGGAUGGAUUUGCUGAGGCUGUUCAAGGAGUUGAAGCAAUCAGUUGUGCAUGAUUGGAGUAGGUCAAGGCCUCCUGUGGAGGAGGAGGAUAAAGAGUUCUUGGGAAAGAAAGAGAAGUUGCAUUAUCUCGAGCAGCAACUUACUAAUGCUUCUAAACAGGCGGAAUCACUGGUUAAAGCACAGGAGGAUAUGGGGGACACAAUGGGAGAAUUGGGGCUAGCAUUUAUUAAGUUGACAAAGUUUGAGAAUGAACAUGCCAUAUUGAAUACUCAAAGAAUGAGGGCUGCUGACAUGAAAAAUGUUGCAACUGCAGCUGUUAAAGCAAGCAGAUUGUAUCGAGCAUUAACUGCACAGACCGUGACGCAUUUGGAUACAUUGCAUGAUUAUAUGGGGCAGAUUUUAUCUGUACACAGUGCAUUCUCUGAUCGUUCAAGUGCUUUGUUGACAAUACAAAGCCUUACAUCCGAACUGUCUUCCUUGCAUUCAAGAGCUGCAAAACACGAAGCAACGUCAUCCAAAAAUUUUGGUGGUGACAACUCUAGGAUUCACAAAUUAGAAGAGCUAAAAGAAUCCAUUAGGGUCACAGAGGAUGCUAAAAGCCGUGCAAUCAGAGAUUAUGACCAAAUCAAGGUGGCAUAUACAGAGAGGAUUGGAAAUGAGUGGGCUAAGGUUAUGGAGGAGACUAGUAGAUAUGCCAAAGAGAAUGCAUAG